UGCAGGAGGAGCACACGCAUGAGUGUGAAUGAGUGACGCAGCACAGGAAACACCUCUCUCCGCUAUGAAGGGGGCAGGCGGUCUGUCUGCAUAUGGAGCGACUGCGCAGAGCAGACGCCUCUAAACGCUCAACUUACACACACACACACAACUAUUCAACGUCAACCCUUCGCGCAAAGACCGAAUUCGACAGCGCACGCCAGCGAGAAAGUCUUUCCUCACCAGCCGCUCCGCGAGAGAAGAAACUCACUCGGCGAGAAACCUCUUCCGUCUCCCGCAGCUCGGGACUCUUUCACACGGAUAAACGAUGACUUACCGCGCGCGAUUCCCACUCAAAACACCGGAGACUUUCUCGCGGCUUGUUUGUUUGUUCUGAUAGGGAGGAAGAUGCUUAAAUCCUCUCUUGCAUGCCUGGAAUUUUCUGCUGGGAACAGAAAGUGGGCGUUUUUCCACACCGAGGCACUGGAGGAUUCAUGCAACUUGCAGUUUCAAGUGAGGCAACAUGCAGUAAGUUGUAAUUUGCGGUCAUCUAAAGCUUAAUAAAAUCAGUCGCUGUGCUGCAUUGAUUUGAUGAUGCGCCUGGAUUCAUAAGACCGCAUUGAUUCAGAGGUUAUUUAGAGAUCUAUACAGGUCGAGAUGGCACAGGAGAAUGUGUAUGAUAACCGCAGUAUAGUGGUGAAGUACAUCCACCAUAAGCUCUGGAAGAAGGGAUACGUGUGGGAAGUGAACGGACACGAAGACAGUGUCUCGAAUGGACUGAUGAUGGGGAGACAGGAGGACCGCGGCGGCUCCCGUCACGACCCGUUCAGCGCUCUUCACACGGUGCUACGGGAGGCCGGGGACGAGCUGGAGCGGCUGUAUCAGUCGGACUUUGCGGAGAUGUCCAAACAGCUGCAUCUCACGUCCAUCACGGCGCAUCAGCGCUUCACCGCGGUCAUUGACGAGCUGUUCAGGGACGGCGUGAACUGGGGCAGAAUCAUCGCUUUUUUCGAGUUUGGAGGGACCAUUUGCGUCGAAUGCGUGAAUAAGGAGAUGACUGCGCAGGUGGAUAACAUCGCGGGCUGGAUGACCGAGUAUCUGAACGGGCCGCUGCACGGCUGGAUCCAGGAGAACGGCGGCUGGGAGGCGUUUGUGGAGCUCUACGGCAGGCAGAGGGACUCUGUGUUUCGCAGCUCGUGGUCAUCGAUAGUAACGGUCUUUGGUCUAGCCGCUCUCGGGGCCGUUGGCUUGACCAUAGGAGCCUACCUUGCUCAGAAAUGAGGAACCUUCCCCUUCUUCAGUCGCUUACCCUCUCUCUCCGCUCUCUCCGUCUGAACCCCUCCUCUGCUUUCCCCAGAAGACAUCCAUGUCCCAGGACUGCUCCUCUUCAAAGCCUCUCUCCCACUCUCUACAAGGCUUUCUUCUCUGCCCUCAAACACAAAGACAGAAAAGACAGGAAAUGAACGCGCUGCCAACAGAUCAUGAGAGGAUGGAGGAGAAGAGGAAUAAUGAGGUGAAAGAGACACGGCAGUGUCAUCGGCACAAUUAGUUCAGAUCUCAAAGUGAAACACUUUUGACAGUUUUGGUGUUCUUAUAUGGGAAAAUGAUGGAAAAAUACAAAGGACAAGACACAUCUGGAGGUUUUGAUGGUCUGUGCUGAUUGAAAGUAUCUUCUGACGACACCAGCACUCUCCAAAUGUCCUUUAAGAGUCGGGUUGAUCUUAAGAGACAAUCUGCAUUAAACUGCCAUCGUUGGUUUUAGUUGAUUUUGUAGGAGUAAUUGUAGCCUGUCUUCUACCCGUUGCUAGCCCAACGUUUCUUGUGCUGCCAUCUUUGUAUCGUACAGUCAGAAAGAACCUGAAGAACUGUGAGGAGGAAAAGAGAGAAAUGCAGAGACGAUGUCCCUCAAGCCGCUGGAUUUUGAUGAAAUUUCGACAGAGGGGUGAGAUACAGUAUGCAGAGGGAACAGUUGAAAAAUGAAUAGUGAGAUGCCAGUCUCUCUUUGUAGCAACUUAAAGAGCUUUAUUGAGGACUGAAGAAGGGUUUCCUUGAACUGCUUUGGGCCAGAAAGUAAACAGAAAGGACAGAAUGGGAAAGUAGUUUUCAGACCUUGAAAGAGCCUUGGUUAGACACUUUAUUGACAUGUUCAACAGAUGCGUGUGAGCCGGUCAAAAGAUCUCAAACUGUACAGUAUGUAAAGAGGUGACGCUUUAUUCUUCUUAAUACUGCAACUACACUUCUGUUCACUCUAGUGGUCAUUCAUACACCAAAAGAAGCAGUAGGAUGGAUCUUAAAUCUGUCAAGAGUAAGUCAAGGUUAUAUUUCACCUCAAAAUCAAAAGAAAGAUAUAUUAAUAUAUUAUAUAUACACACUACUGUUCAAAUGUUUGAAGUCAGUAAGUUUUUUUUAAAGCUGCAGUCCGUAAGUUUUGCCUCUUUGUCGCCAUCUAUGUUUGAAAACCUGUAAUUGCAGUUGUGGAAUUAUCUUGUUUGCGUGGGCUGUGCUCCGGCAUGGCUCCAGAGCGGAUGAAUCUAAUGUUUUGAGGUGAAUGUGUGGCAGUCAGUCACCGCACCGGUGUGGAUGAUAAGAAUUUUCACCGUAUAUUGUCAUCUAAGUCAGUUACGUUUGUUCUGACCAACUGAGGAAAAAAGCAUUACCAUAAAUCACGCUACCAAUGGUGAUUUAAUCUAAAGAUCGGUUAGCUCAUAUCACAUCAAACCGUGCAAAUUAUUAUUAUUGUUAUACUUUAUUCUCAAAUUAACAACAUCAGCAUUGCGUCACUAUGAGUAUAGUGUGUAUUAACGUGUAGAUUUCAAUUUCUGUACAGUUUAAUCUAAUUGUCAUGCCAUUCGAAUUUCAUAUUAAGAAAUUCUUUUAACCCAAAAAGCAAACUAUGCUCCCUUCGAACUGGUUUUCUUUAAAAUACAAAUCUUGUGUAAUCCCAGGCUCUCUGUAUUCAGAAGCACAUUUAAAACUGGAAUAUAAUUUAAUUUCAUUCAUUAAUUAAUAUGUUUCAUAAACACAUAAUCCUUUCUGGAUUACAAUCCGCCAUCAGAAUUAUACAUUUAAUUAUUCCAGCUGCUGUGAGAAAAGGCUAUAAACGAUCCGCCACCCUCAGGAUCCUCACAUGUGAGAGCCUCGUAGCCGGGAAAACCUCUUUAUAUUUACAGAUGUGACGUAAUGACGCAGUGCCAUGCUCGAAUUUCCUGCGAAAACCUACCCGUACCACUCAAAUUAGAAAACAUUAUUAUAAGCUAAGCAUUGUGAAUCAGGUUAAAGUGAGGCGAUAGUUUCAACACUGGCUGGUUAUGUACUUGCUCAAAUAUUGAUUUCGGAUCAUUUUUAACCAGAAAAAGUUACGGACUGCAGCUUUAAAUAAAUUUAUACUUUUAUUCAGCAAGGAUGCAUUAAAUUGGUCAAAAUUGACAGGCUUUUAUGUUACAAAAACAAAUUUCUAUUUCAAACAAAUGGUGUUCUUUUAAACUUUAUAUUCAUCAAAGAAUCCUGAAAAAAAAAAAUGCAUAUAUUAAGCAGCACAACUGUUUUCAACAUUGAUCAAAUAAGAAGUUUUUUGAGCAGCAAAUCAGCAUUUUAGAAUGAUUUCUGAAGGAUCACGUAACACUAAAGACUGGAGUAAUGAUGCUGAAAAUUCGGCUUUGCAUCACGGGAAUAAAUUAAAAUGUGAAGAAUAUUAAAAUAGAAAGCACUUGUUUUAAAUGCUAGUAAUAUUUCACAAUAUUACUGAUCAAAUACAUGCAUCCUUGGUGAACAAAAGUGACUUCUUUCAAAAACAUUUUUUGAAACAUACCAAUAGAUAUAAAGCACAUUUCUCCCGACCAUUUAUAUUACUGUAAUGUAAUUAUUUAAAUAAAGUACAUAUUGCACACACACAUAUUGGGGUGAGAUGUGACUGGGCCAUUCUUUCACAAAAGUCCAGAUUUUUCAUUACUAUUAUUAUUUAAUUUCCAAAGCAUCAUUUUCAGGGAUCCGUUUGGUCCAGUAUAAACAAGUGGAAAUCUGCAAUGGAAAUCCAUUCUGUGUUCCUUGGAUUUGGUGUUUACAGUUAUAUGUGCAAUCUUCCUGAUGUCUGUUCCCAAAACAGCAUGCUUAAACAUAAUCCUGCCAGAUGUUUCAAGGAUUGCCACACAGGAAAUGAAAGGUUUAAGUGCAAAACCUAUGGACAAGAGCAACUGUAUACAGUGUGUGCCAUGGAGUCAGCUUUGGUGCGUUUGCAUCGGCCGCCUUUGGGUUCACAAGGAGCCACGAUUAAACUUCGGAACAACAGAGAGGCGUAUGGCGUUCUCAGAAGGCGGCGCUUAUUAAAUGUUUGUUCGCACUGAUGUAGGAUCGGAGGUCAUGCGCUGCAUCGUUCCCUAUGAUCUCCUCUACAGACAGUGGCGCUGAAUGGGGUGCUAAGAAACAUUCAAAAAAUGGGUGCCCUCUUACAUCCUGAACCAGUCAAUGUUACUUGUUAUCUGACUUUAUGGAUGUAUGUUCAUUUUAUAAUAUGAUAAUGUCUAAGAUACACAUACAGUAUUUUAACAGGUGGUUGAUGGAUAGAUUUGCAAAUCAUCCAUAACCAGGAAAGCAGAAGAACGUGUAAGAGAAACUUAGCUACAUGUCUGUAUGUGGUCAACGACAACUAAACCUGUCUGAAAGGAUUGAAGCUUUAUGUAAAACGAGUUAGCUUUUAGCAAACCGAACAGUUUAAUUGGUUACUAUAGUGUCAUAAAUAGAUGCUGGUUGUCUCUCGUUUACGGCUGCGGUUCUCUCUGACACUAACAUUUGUUAAAUAGAUUUCAUAUUUCAGCUUUAUUUAUUUUUAGGUACCUUAAACAAUCAUCCAACUGUAGCUCCAGAAUUUAUUUAGAGUUUAUUUCAUUUUAAAGUUUUCGAUUCUAUGGAGCAUACAGUACAUAUGAUCCUAAUUUGCUGAAUCAAUGCUGCUUGAUGUAAAGAUUAGAAAUUCUAUAAAUCAUAAUGUAAUUGCCUGUUCUGUGUGGCGAUGUCAUGAAUAUUAAUACUUCAUUUCAUGUAGUCACUUCCACUGUUUCUGUAGCUGAAUGGAAAUCCAAAUCAAAACUUUAUCUUUUGUCUAACUGGAGCCCAGUGAAAUUCAUUCUGCUGUUGUAUUCUCACUAGGGACGAGUCAAUUUUAAGAUGUCAAAAUAAUGAUUAAAAUGACAUUAAGAUUAUGAAUAAUUAUUAAGGUUUUUAAAGGAAAUUUCUGAAACUUGAGUGCGUGCGUGUGUGUGUAUUUAGAUUUUAAAACACUUCACUGCAAAACAUUUUCUUAAUUAGUAUUUUUUUCUCCAUCUUCUAAAUAAAACAUAAUUACAACAAGCUAAAUUUAACGGAGAAGUAAAAGAAGUAAGCUAUCAGUAAGAUAUAUUCUCACAAGUAUAGCAUUUUUUGUAACCAAAUUUAAUAAAGGAUAUGUUUAAAACAAGAAACUUAAUUUAAGAUAUAUUACUAGCUUACCCAUUUUUGCUUUUCAAGUAAAUUGAUCUAAUUUUAAGGCUUUUUUUUUUUUUUUUAACAGAUAUUUUACUGGGAAACAAAAAACGUAUUAUUUUUGCAUUGUCUAACAAAACCUUCAACACUAUAAGAAGUAUGCAAACAGAUUUCUCAUUAAAUGUCUCAUUUUAGUUCAUGGUUAAAUUAUGUUUAUUAACUCAAUCUGUCAACGAAAAGUAAAUUCAGCUGUUUAUCUUCACUAAAGGUGAUUUGUCUAAAACCGGCAUGUUAAAAUGAAACUUUUGCUUGGGAAAAUACUGUAUGUCUUUCGAACAUGUCUUGUAGUUUGAUGUUUGGAAAGCUAUGUAAUUUAUAUAAAUUUAUAUAUAUAUAUAUAUAUAUAUAUAUAUAUAUAAUAUGCUGUAUAAAUGGAGUUUUCUUUGCACUAAUAUAUCUGAGUGCGUUGAAGCAGAAGAAAAAAAAAUGAUAUUAGUUUAUUAACAAAUGCAUCAUUCACUAGACUGUAUUGAACUUUAGGUGACAUCUCUUUCAUGAGCACACACUUAUGAACACAAUCAAAAAAAUCAAAGGUCAGAUUUCACAAUGUACAGUACUAGACACAAAAUACAUGUCUGUUUCUGAA